AAUUGCCAUUUUUCAUUCCAUGCGUUUCAAGACAUCUCCACUGGUGUUUUUGAUCAUCAAAUCAAUAAUCAAACCACAACCUUUCAUCGGAAUUUUCAAUUCCGGUUGUAUAUGUUCAGUUUCAUCCCCGAAUUCAGAUUGAUUUGUGACAAUAAAUAGCCAUUUCUUGUUCCAUGCGUUUCAGAUAUCUCCAUACCACCAUCUUGCGCUCGUCGCGGAACAGAUGAAGAAUAACAAGUGUUUUUUGUUUAGUCCCCACCGCCAUUCUGCCCACACAUUGAAAAAUCCCGAUUUAAUUUGAGACGUAGCCUAAUUCCCAAAUCCUCUUCCAAUGGCCGCAGCAAUCAGCCUCCGCAAAGGCAACACCCGCCUCCCGCCCGAGGUGAACCGCGUGCUCUAUGUGCGGAACCUUCCGUUCAACAUCACGAGCGAGGAGAUGUACGACAUCUUCGGCAAGUACGGCGCGAUACGGCAGAUCCGCAUUGGCACGAACAAGGACACUCGCGGCACCGCCUUCGUUGUGUACGAGGAUAUCUAUGACGCCAAGACCGCCGUCGACCACCUCUCCGGCUUCAACGUCGCGAACCGGUACCUGAUCGUCCUCUACUACCAGCAGGCGAAGAUGGGGAAGAAGUUCGAUCAGAAGAAGAAGGAGGAAGAAAUUCAGAAGCUCCAGGAGAAGUACGGCAUCUCUACGCCGAAAGAUAAGUAGUUCGUUCGUUCCUCUGCUUUCUCAACAUCUUCUGUAGAAAAUAGUUUGUGGUUACAUUGGAAAAUGUUCAAAAUAUGAGUUUGUGGUGCUACUAAUUGGAAGCUCGAACAGCUAAUUGGUGCUGAUUUCGCUUUGUUAGUCUAUCUUUUUCAUGUUAACGA